AUGUUCAAGCCAUCAUCUCGUCCAUCUCGUCCUCCUCGACCCUCUGAUCUCGUGUUUAACCCUCUGCUCACCCACUACACGGCGUCCAGAACCAUUCGCGAGAAAGUCGACCGCGCGCUCAGGAGAGUGAAAUACGACCGACGAGACGAGCACGAGCUGGUGGGGUUCCUCUACGCCAAGGAGCAGAUCACUGACGAAAUAGAUGAGCUCGAUCAGCGGCGCGACAAGUCGGCCAUCUCAAGGGGGGAGUACGACAAGAGAGUGAACGACGCGCAUCGCCGUCAGUCCGAGGUGCAGAAGGAGAUCGAGCGUCGCACGGCGACUCGGCGAUCCCCUCCCCCUUCCCGCACGCGUGCGCCUCGUUCCCGGUCUCGUUCUCGCUCUCGGUGUCGUUCUCGUUCGCCUCGUCAUCCGCCGCCCCCUCAUCGACACGUCACGUUUGACGGGAGCGUCGCUGAUCGUCGGUCGCGGCGCCACGGUGGUGUUCAGCUCAAGCCUGCUGCUGUCGUCCGAGCAGAGGCAGCGGUGGGUGUGCCGACGAUCGAGGCUGCUGAGCCGUCGCAACUGUCCGAGACCCAGCAACCCCCCACACACCCGCAGACGACCACACCACAGCCCCCAUCCGUCAUGCCCGAGCAUCAACACGCGCCCGACCCCAACACCGGAGAAGUCGGCGACCACGAGGAGCAACAGGAAGACUCUGAGGGGCAACAGGAAGACGAGCAGUCGCACAAGACCACCGAAGGAGAGCAGGAGAACGAGCAAAGGCAGCAGGACGAGCCCACAGCCCCCCACCCCACUCCCUCUCUGCCCCCUGGUAUCCAUCCCGUGGAUCUAGCGACCCCGGAGCAGCUGAAGCCUUUCGUGCACUCGGUGGGUCAGCUGUUCUUCACCGGCAUCUGGUUUUGCAGCAGCUGCACUCAUCAGUCGGUGCGAGGCGCGACGAUUCAGCGGGGCGGAGAAGCGGAGUUUUGGUUCCAGCGGCCGGCGUGCUGUGUCAAGUGUCAGAAACCCCAACCAAUCUCGUACCCACACCCGGCCCCGGUGCUGAUAUUGGGUCCGUGGGACCUGAUUAUCGACUUUUCGCAGUCACCCCCGGUGCAGCUCGACGAGGAGGCUGUCGAGGCUUGCCGCGAGCACAUCGUGAAGCUCGCGAAGUGAUCCCAUACCCACUACAGCGACUCCUUUUUGCUGCCCCCUUCCCCGACCCUUUUUCCUGCUGAUCGCCGCUGCUGUCUGUGGUGCUGAUCGUGUGUAUUGCUGUUUGGUGUUGAUAGCUGAGAG